AUGGCUAAUCCAGCAAAAAUAAUAAUUAUAACAUCUGAUGAAGAUAUUAUUCGUCAAUUUGCUUUUAACAAAAAUAAAAAUACAUAUAUUAUUGAUAUGGAUAAUAAUAAUAAUAAUAAUAAUAGACAAAUAAUACCUAUUGAAAAAAAUGAUAAUAAUACUAUUAAGUCAAAUUUUCUUCCUGAAUUAACUAGAAAUGAUCAAAUUAAUAAGCGAACAAUUGAUACUACUGAUCAUAAUCAAUCAAAAUCAGUUAAAACACGAAAGAAAUCAACUGAUCUGAUUUGUACUAUUUGUGGUGAUCGUGCUAUUGGAUAUAAUUAUGCGGUUCUUUCAUGUGCAUCAUGCAAAGCUUUUUUUCAUCGAAAUGGUCAUCAAGAUUUGAAAAGAUUCAAAUGUUUAACAGAUCAUGGUCAAUGUGUAAUUGAUUAUUUGAUAAGUCGUAAAUGUUUUAGAUGUCGACUAGAACGAUGUUUUGCUAUGGGAAUGAGAAAAGAUUUAAUUUUAAAUCAAGAACAAAUUCAACGAAGAAAAGAUUCAGGAAGAAAUCGAAAUAUUUCAUCAAAACGUUCAUCAACAAUAGAAUUGACAAAUUCAUUAUCAACAUCAAAUUCCAAACCUAAUUCCGAAUCUAUUUUACUAACAUUUGAUGAAAUUGAUCGUCUAUUCAUGGAUAUGAAUCAAAAUAAUGAUAAUAUUAUUGUUCGUCAGAGCAUUGAUUCAAAUCAGAUAGAAGAAAACAUACUGGCAGAAUCAUUAACUGUUGAAGAUUUAGAAGCUAUUAACAAAAUUCAAUCAUCAUUUUUAUCUAUUGUCAAUGAAUGUGAAGAGUUUACUAAUUUUGAUGAUCCGUUCGAUCGUAGUUCUGAAUUAAUUUGUUGUUUACAAUUUAACAAUGAAAUUGCUCUUCAUAUUAUUAAAUUUUGUCGUCUAAUUGAGAAAUUCGAAAAACUAAAUGCUGAUGAUCGUUUUAUUAUGAUUAAAUAUAAUCUUAUUCUUCUCUUUUGUGUCUCGACAUGUUAUAUAGCUGAACAGAUAAAUGAUUGUUCUUCAAAUAGAGAGCAUGAAGAAAAACGGCAAAUGUAUAUAUUAUGUAAUCAAUCAGAUUAUAUAUAUGAAAUGGUCGUAAAUUUAAGUGUUACUUUCAAUGAUAUUAUUGAAAAGGAUGACGUAUUAUUAUCUCUUCUUCUCGUUGUUUUCCUAUUUUCUAAAGGUUUAUCAAUGAAUGAGAAUGAACCAUCAUUUAAAGAUUCAUUAGCUGUAUAUCGAGCUCAAUCUUAUUAUAUAAAAUUAUUGUGGAAUUAUAUAAUUAAAAAACAAGGUGAAACAAAAACAUGCAAACAUUUUAUCAAAUUACUGUCUGCUACCUUUCGAGCUCAGUCAGUAGCUCUAAGAUUUCGACAAUUUCUUAGUAGUCAAGUGACAACAUUAGAUGCUAUCGACGAUAUUGCACCGCUUAUGCAAACUAUUCUACAUAUUUCUUAG